AUGUUCCCUCCAAAACAGCACGGCUCUCCCGUGUUGCCCCCACGGUACAAGCAACUCCAAGCAGCAAAUGGACGAAGAGUAUUCAAAGCAUUCACAGUCUUCGCAGUCUUCGCAGUCUUCACAGUCUUCACAGUCUUCACAGUCUUCACAGUCUUCACAGUCUUCACAGUCUUCACAGUCUUCACAGUCUUCACAGUCUUCACAGUCUUCACACCCAGUCGCCUGAUCUACCUAGCGACUGCGCUUGACAGGCCGAGUGCAUCAUCACACGUGCAUUUGCAAACGCCCACCUGCACCUUCACUCCCAGCACUGCAGCCUUGGAACACACACGUCCCAACCAUGCAUCCUUUGUGCAACCGGAGAAACCCUUUGAUCGCGUCAGCCAAAUUGCGCAUACUCGCCCUGCACUUGGUCGCAUACCUUUCUACUGGUAUGCCGCUGGAAGGUUCGGCCCGCUAUGUGGUUCGCUACCGUCACAUGAAGGAAGCUGCGCAUGGUCCUUUGGUUACCUCACCUUGCAACCACCAUCAUGCCAUGUUCAUAGCGACCCCCACCACCUAGCCAGCGUGGACAAUCCAGGAGACAGCCAAAGAGGAGGAAAUAUAAUCAAUCCACACCCUGCAGUCCCGACCAAACUUCCUCGACAAGUCCCAUCCGACAAGAAGAGCAUACUCGACGCCCGCAGAACGCUUCCCCAACUCGAGGUCGUGGUCGACUUGCCUACCAUGCCAGCCUCGCAAUCCCCUGGCGCCAGCGCAGCAGAGCGUCCUCGGCUCUCCGACGCACAGAAGAAGGAGAACCACAUCCGCUCUGAACAAAAACGCCGCGAAGCCAUACGCGAAGGCUUCGACCGCCUCGCCGCUAUAGUGCCCGGCAUGGAGGGGCAAGGACGCAGCGAGGCUGUCGUCUUGGAAGCCACAAUCAAGUACAUGAGGGAGAAGAUUGUAGAGAGGCAGGAAAUUAUUGCCAAGGCGAGGGAGAAGGGCAUCGACACAACGGGGUGGGAACUACCGGAUGAGACGUUGAGAGCGUGUGAGGCGCAGCUGAGACGGCAGGAGGAGGAGGACAAACGGACGGGUGGCGGGGACGAGGGAAACAAGUCGUAG